AAUGGCUUUGUGAUAGAUUAUGCUAAUCACUAUUCUGUAAUGGAGACUUUUUGGCUUAUAUGCCGUCCCUAGAUAUGACCAAGUAAGACAAAUAGAGAAUACCAUUCUGAAUACAGGGACGUGCUUGGUGCAACUAUGUGCUAUGUAAGGUGAGAGUGCCAAGUGGUCUAGGAAUGAAGCUAGCAAAAAGAGUGUCACAGAGUUCAUAGUUUUGGGCUGAAAUUCAUUGUAAGGCUGCAAUGUUUGAUGGGGCUUCACCACCUGGAACAACACCAGCACCUCUAAAAAAUAGGAGUGCUUCUGCAUAUAACAUGUUGCUGGGAUUUGUUGCAGGAAUUUCAACAGUCAUGGUAGUGGCCUUAUUGUACUGCCUUUUCAGGAAAAAGUUCAUUCCAUUUCAUAAGCAAAGAAAGACUUUGAAAGGAAAGAAAUUUAAAAGCGUGAUAGAUGAUAAAAUAUCGCUAAGGCGUUUUGAUUUUGCGGAACUAGAGAAGGCUACCAAAAGUUUUAACCAAGAUUGCUUGCUGGGUUCUGGUGCGUUUGGAAAUGUCUACAAGGGAACCUUUGACUUAGAAAGAACACUAGCCAUUAAGAGAGCUCAUUCUCAAUCAUACUUAAGUGUGGAGGAAUUCAGAAAUGAAGUUAGGCUCCUGUCAGCAGUAAAGCACAGGAAUCUUAUUGGUCUGGUUGGAUAUUGUGAAGAACCAGAACAAGAUGGAGCCAAAAUACUAGUCUACGAAUAUGUACCAAAUGGAUCACUCCUUGAGUAUAUGAUAGGAAGCAAAAGGGACAGCUUAACAUGGAAACAAAGGGUAAAUAUAGCAAUAGGAGCAGCUAGAGGCAUAGCUUAUUUGCAUGAAGGAGUUAAGCCAAGCAUCAUUCAUCGUGACAUCAAACCAAGUAACAUCCUAUUAGGGGAAAACUUUGAAGCUAAGGUCUCAGAUUUUGGACUGGUAAAAUCAGGACCUACUGGUGAUCAAUCACAUGUCAGUAGCCAAAUCAAAGGGACACCAGGGUACCUUGACCCUGCCUAUUGUUCAAGCUUUCAUUUGACCAAGUUCAGUGAUGUUUACAGCUUUGGUGUCAUACUUUUGCAACUUGUUUCAGCUAGACCAGCUGUGGAUAGUACAGAAAACCAAAGCAAACAACAUAUAAUAAACUGGGCAAGGCCUAGCAUAGAGAGGGAUAAUGUAGAAGAAAUCAUGGAUGCAAAUCUACUAUGUCAAAGUGAACCAUGCAAUAUGAAAGUUAUGCUAAAGAUGGGGCAACUAGCUAUAAGAUGUGUCGCUCAAGAGCCAAAACAACGCCCUACAAUGACUCAGGUGUGUAGAGAACUAGAGCAAACUCUCUACAAAGCUGAUAGCUUCGAUAAAAAGAAGCUUUCAAAAGGUACUAGUGAAUCAGAGGAGCACUACAAUUUUUCACAGAGCUUUGUGAGCAUAGACGGUGUUGGACUUCAGAAGUUCCAUAUUGACAUGGAUAGCUACUCCUUUCAUAGCACUAACUUAAGGUGCCUAGAAAAUAAUAGUAUUAGCAUUGACAUUGAGAAGAAGGAUCUGAAGAGUAUACAUGAGAAGGAGACUAUUUAAGAUAUAAUGUUAAAUGAACUCAUUCACUACUUCUGUUCC